AGGGGUAGGUGGAGUUUCCACUCUCUCCUGUCCCCAGACCUGAGUUUGGGUCACAGCGGUCGGGUGUGCCUCUCUCCGGUCUCCCUGCUGGUAACCCCUAUCGGUUCUGGUUCGAUUUCCCGAAACUCAACAACAAAACUGAAACUUUAGUGCAAAACUUAAGAAAAGAAGCAUCAAAACACUGCAAUGGAUCAGCACAGGUAUCGCACGGCAGGUGUCCAGGAGAAGCUGGAGAUCGUCGGGGUGGAGGACGAGGCCGGGAACCCCAUCAGCGCCCUGACCAUCCUGUCGCUGCUGGAGCGCGUCGCCGGCAUCAUCGACAACGUCCAGUCCUGCCAGCAGCGUAUGGAGGAGCGUCAGCUAGAGCUGGAGAACAACAUCAAGACCAUCCAGGGUGACGUUCUGAAGCUGGCCAAGGACCACACCGACACCAGUGGCACCGUGGAGAAGCUCUUGCAGAAGACCCGCAAGGUCAGCGCCAACGUCAAGGAGGUCCGGACGCGUGUCGAGAAGCAGAACGUUCGGGUCAAGAAAGUAGAGUCGACGCAGGAUGAACUGCUCACCAGAAACAAGUUCCGAGUCGUCAUCUACCAGGGGGAGGCGGAGGUCCCAUCAGUGGCCGUCACCAAAUCUCCCCAAGGACCUGGUCUGGAGGGGUUGGAGAUCGAACCCGACUCCUAUGACAUCCCCGCCGACCUCUCCUCCGACGAGGAGUACCUGAGUGUGGAGGAAGCCGACUCCUCACGGGCUGCUCGCCUCAAGAAGUCCAUGGUGAAGAGUACGGAGACCCUGAAGGCUGCCUUCUCCAAGGAGAACAUGAGCAAAACCAAGGGCAACCUGGGCACAAAGUUCCACAACCUAGGCGAGAAGAUGAUGCCACAAGAGCGCAGGGAGAAGAUGCACCAGGCUGGCGAGCGGCUGAAGCAGUCUGGCGAGCGGCUCAAGGAGAACAUCGCCAAGAAAGCUCCGAGCAAAGAGGCCUUUCGCAUCAAGCUGAAGAAGGAGAGGGCCGUCGCCGAGGGCCAGGAGGGUGCCGAGGGCGAGGGCAAGGGCGAGGAGCCGGCAGGAGGCGUGGCCUACACUGAGGUUGCCAUGGAAACCAAGAGGGAGGGGCCGGUGGAGGAGGCUGGCGCCACCCGGAUAGCGGAGUAAGAUCACAGGUAGUAGAUGAGCACCGAUUGGACGGCGCUGAAAAGAAGAUGAGGUUGGACACUGGAGAAAACUCAGCCAGGAGUAGGAAAAGGUGUAUGAUCAGUCAAGGACGGACAGUUUAUUUGUUUGAAUGUGUCAAAGUGGAAGAAUAAUCAUCAGAACAUGAACUGUUAUUAUAAAAUCUGCAAAUUCAGGUCAUCAAGAAUCAUCUGUUGUCAUUGAAAUAACUUGACGCACUGGGACAAAUUACGAUUUAGGAUUUCAAAUCAAAGAUCCCAAAAGUUAUGUUUGACUAAUUUGUGAGCCCAGAUUGUGUUGUGAUUCAUAACCAGGCUCCAAGUGCAGAUAAUUUGCACAGGAUGGUUGGAGGGAAAGGAAAGAUGGCAGGUGGUUGACAGAACUUUGAGAAGGAAGAUGAAUGUUGACGUCUACGUGUUGAUCUUUACAUAUAAUAAUGUUGUACAUACUGCCAAAACUGGGAAGGUGAAGUUGGCCUCAGCUGGUCUCUGAGAAGCCCGGUGAGAAAAGAAGCUAACACCGAGUCAGACUGGUUUCUGAACACAGAAUAGUUAGAGUUAAAGAGGAAACCUUGUGGUGCUAGACAGCGACAUCAGUGAGCGCUUAGGUAGAUAUUAAAGCUGCACCAGGCGAAGAGGUUUAACCCAAUGAGGUGACUUUAGGUACCUCCAAGUAACCAUAUAAUGCUGCACAACAUAAACUGGUUAAAGAUACAAGUUGUUUCCAUGAAGUAGUUUGAAUUAUCACAUUAGACACAAGAUAAUGUAAACGGCAAAAUUCAUAAAACUUUCCUAGUUUUGCAAUAUGCUUGCUUAAGGUUUUUGACUAUAUCUGUGAAAAUCUGUCAUCAAGAAGCUAGCUUGAGGUUGUUUUUCAGUUUUUGAAAAAAUAUUUAAUUUUUUGAAGCCCAAGGUGUAUACAGUCCUGUCAUCUGCAAAGAAAUGGAAAAGUAAGUAAAGAAAAGUAAAAUUACAAUUAAUACAGAAGCUCAGUUCACGUUUAGUGAAUUUCUAGAUUAGUUUCCAUCAUGUAUCUUUAAGUAUUGCAUCAGAGAACGUUAAUGGAUAAUGCAAGAUUUGAAAAAAAAAAAAAAAAACUCGUGAAAUCUUUUACACCUGAUUGAGGUAGUUUUUUUUUUUUUUAAACCUUUUCCAAAAAGAGGAGCUUUGUCGUAGACUGAAACAUGCUUUCUGAAAUAAUGAAUGAAGAUUUAUCUCACAUGAACUUCAAGCUGUUUCUACUUCUUCCGUUGUCUUUGUAUCUGGACAACAUGAACUUUGCUGACAUAAAACAACGAGAAAUUUCAAGAAAUUACAAUUUUUCCGAUUGGAAACAAUUCCUGAAGGUUCAUAUUUCUUUCACAGAUGGCCGAUGUUUUGUUUGUUUAACUUCUUCUAAGUUUUUUAGCAGUUUGCAAACAACAAAUACCGCUGCCUCUGAAACCCUUUGCCCAGUGCAGCUUUAACUUUAACACUAACUGGUGAUAGAACUAGUAAAACCUUUGCAUGAACUUUAGAGUUACGCAGCCUCCUCUUACUAGACAGUAGUCAGACUGUAAUUACUUGUCGGAAUGUGAUGGAUUUGAGCUGUGGUGCUGGUGGCUUCAAAGCUUUUUGCUGCAUUCAGGUGGAUGAAUGUUUUAGUUUGAUAUUCAUAGUUUCUUUUGAAGUUUUUUCUCCUGGAGCGAUUACUGAGGUCACCGCCUUCGUCAGGAUCACAGGAUGUAAAGUUUUUGGCGCUUAAGUCAUCAGAUGUUCUGUGUUUUCAGUAGAAGCUUUGCUUUCAUAGUGCUGCCAUUAUACACGAGUACAGCGUCUUAUUCUGAAAAUACACAAUCUGUAUAUCUUUAACUUCUGUUUCAUUUCUUUCUUAUAUAUUUAUGUUUCUGCACUGCUGCUGUUGAGUGGAUUUAAUGCAGUAGGCGAUAGUAUUUGCAUUCGUUUUUGAGUACAGCUUGUUUUGUUGCAAUUUUUACAAUCAUCAGUCUCAAAGGUGACAGCGAAAAACAGCUGAUUGUUGUUGUUUUGUGCCUGUAUUCACUUUUUGUUUUUGAUAAAUAAAGUGAAACCUCUAUAAAC